GGAGACUGAAUGACUUCCCUAGAGUUCCACGGGUCUCACAUUCGAGCCCAAGACUGUGAUACAGGAUCAAGCUCAAGAAAGCCGCAUCAGUGCAUCCAAUCACAUACGCCACGUGUGCCAACCAUGCUGUGCUUUAGUACCAAUGGGGUCGCUGUAUCAUGGCUAUUAAUUCCUUUAUUCCGCUUCAACGCCAUGCUUCGAAUUUAAUGGCUGGAGUCUUAGCAAAAAGAGAACCCGAUGCCAAAGAAAAGAAAUUAAUGGCGUUUAUCACUCACCGAACAAUUCCCUCUCCGUGUUGAUUGCUUUGAUUGAUUGUUUACUUAACUUUUACCCGAAAUCUCAAAUCUUGCAAAUUGCAUGGAAGUAGAAGGGGGAAUGGAAUAAUAUAUGGAGAGUCAAUUUGCCAUUUUAAUUUUGUACGGGUACCGAUGAUGCCUAGGCAGUCGUAUCCAGUGACUCCAUUCAAACGAUCAUUGUACCUUCCGAAAAUGCAAAACAAACCGCCAAACCCAUAACCCACGCGCACGCUUCCUUCCCUUGUCUCCCUGAACGUCUCUUCCUCGCAACAGCUCUUCCCUCGUUCUCGAUUACUCAGACACCUGCUUUCUCUUUCUCACUCUCUGUCUGGGUAACUGCAGUUAUCUUGUCAAGGACCUAAAUCGCCGUAUCGUCAGAAAUUCGUCCGUUAGGUUGCUGCGAACUUUUGGAUCCUAAACACAGGCCCACCCAUGAGUUUUUUCGUCUGAAACACCAUGUCAUUGGUUAUUUGGUUGGUUAAAUCUACAUUUGAUCCCAGAAGAUCUGAGCCCUUGUGGGAAUUUGAUGUAAUUCGACGAGAAAGAUUACAUCUUUACUCGAUUUAAGCACCAUUGGUUAGCAAAAUCGGAGACCCUUUGAACUAUUAGUUGCAGAAGAAGACUUGGUGUUUGUUUUCUUUUUCUUUUUCUUUUUCUUUCUUUUUUUUUUUUUUUUUUUUGGGUGGUUCGAGGGUGAAGUGGGUGACUGGCAUUUGAAAUGAACGGGCACGAGGAGGAACAAACUGCUUUUGAGAUCGGGGUUGUGGUUCCGAAGAGGAGUGCAAACGAAGAAAACGAGGAUUGUGAUUGCGUGGGGGUUCUUGUUGAUGAGUUCAGGAAAGCGGGUUUGAUUGUUGAGAGAGUCCAAGGCAUUGCUGAUGAGUUUAUCAAGCUGGCAGCACCUUUGGAAACUUUGGGGAGGGCUGCUGCCGAGUUACAGUUAAGGAAAAGGACUCAUAUUGGGAUGGAUUUACAAUUUGAAUGGGAGGAGGUUGAAGCUUUUGUGAGACAGCCUGAUGGUUCUUUGUUCAGCUGGUGUGAGCGUUUUCAUUGCUACCAGCACUUGAUAUAUGGGAUUGUGAACAAGAGCCAGUCAACUGUAACAUUGAAAUUUGAAGGAAAUGAGUACCAUUGGAAAGCUGGUGAAAAUAUAGUUCAGAAAUUGGAAUCAGAGCAUUUUGUAAAACAAGUCUUUCCUUUGCAUGAUGAACUAAAGAGGAAGAAUCUCCUUAAAAGUUGGGCGCUGCACUGGUGGAACCUUACGAACCAGCCAAUCGAUGAAAUUUAUUCAUAUUUUGGGACAAAGAUUGCAAUAUACUUUGCUUUCCUUGGAAUGUAUACUCAAUGGAUGCUCUUCCCAGCUGCGUUUGCUAUCGCUUUACAGCUAAUUGAUUUUGGGUCGUUGCGGUUAUUGGUGCUUCCUGUUUUCUUCGUAGGCAUAAUACUAUGGGCUGUAAUCUUUUCCCAGUUCUGGAAACGAAAAAACUCUGCCCUAUUAGCCAGGUGGCAGAUUAGUUAUUCAGUUGCAGUUGACCCGGGAUAUAAACUUCUAGGCAUGGAGUGGAGUUCCCUACAGUCACCUGGGGAACUAUUAAGAAAAUGGGGGACUGAUAAAACAAACGAGAAAGAAGUGUACCAAAAAAAUGAGUGGUUUGGAUAUCUUAUGAGAUUCAGGAAUGAUUCUAUAUUCAUCUUGAGUAUUAUAUGCCUUCAGUUGCCAUUUGAGUUGGCCUACGCUCAUCUUUACGAGGUUAUCGGGUCUGAUAUUAUGAAGUUUGGGCUGACAGCCUUUUAUAUUCUUUCCAUUCAGCAUUUUACAAGGGUGUGUGGUAAGAUAUCGGUCAAACUCAUUAAGCAUGAAAACAAUGAAACAACAGAAAAAAGGGCUGACAGCUUGGUCUAUAAGGUCUUUGGUCUUUACUUCAUGCAGUCAUAUAUUGGAAUUUUCUAUCAUGCCCUCUUGCACCGCAAUUUUUUGACUCUCCGUCAAGUCUUGAUUCAGCGCCUCCUUGUGUCUCAGGUGUUUGAAAAUUUGUUGGAAAAUACUUUACCCUAUCUUAAGUACAGCUACAAAAAAUACCGAGUUCGAGACAAGAAGAAACGUGAAAAAGGAUUUUCAACAAGAAAGAUUCAGUUCACUACUAGGGUAGAGAAAGAAUACAUGAAAUCUUCUUAUUCAGCAAGCAUUGGUGAGGAGCUUGAGGAUGGUCUGUUCGAUGAUUUUUUGGAGUUGGCAUUGCAGUUUGGAAUGAUCAUGAUGUUUGCUUGUGCAUUCCCUCUUUCAUUUGCCUUUGCUGCUUUGAACAACAUUACAGAAAUCAAAACUGAUGCAUUAAAGCUGCUUACCAUGUUUAAAAGGCCUGUCCCUCGUGCUGCCACUACAAUUGGAGCUUGGCUAAACAUUUUCCAGUUCCUGAUAGUGUUGUCGAUCUGCACAAACUGUGCACUUCUAGUAUGGUUAUAUGAUCAGGAGGGGAACUGGAGCAUAGAGCCUGGACUUGCAGCAAUUCUGGUCAUGGAACAUAUCCUCCUGUUGAUUAAGUUUGGAGUCUCCCGCUUUGUUCCUGAGGAACCUGCUUGGGUAAGAGCCAGCCGGGUGAAGAAUGCCACACAGGCACAGGAUAUGUGUUCGAAACAGCUCUUGAGAACCAUUUCUGUAGGUAAAAAGGUUUUUGGUGUGGGAAGAGAGGGAGAGAGAGGUAAGUGACCUGGACCUUUUCUAGUGCGUCACUCCUGCCUUUUUGGCACAGAAAAACAAAAAGAACCAGAGGUUUAGCCUGGAAUAGUUCUUCGGAGCUAAUCAGAGUUUUGAAUUCCCAGCAUUCGUGGUUUAUCAGUAGAGGAUUCUUCUGCAUUUGGGUCAAACUCAUUUUAGCACUGGGAGUGUUCUUCUAGGGUGAAUGGCACAGCCGACUAUAUGUUUCCCCUUCCCAUUUUUAUUAUAGUGGUUCUAAAGAUUGUGGUCAUUGGGAUUGCUGCAAUGUAAGUACCUGGCUUGAUUUUUGAGGGCGGGGUAAAGGUAAUUAGUGAAAUUUUGUACAAUUAGGUAGUACAGCGAUGUAAGAAAAGAUGAGAAAGGAUUAUAUCAAUGUUUGCAUUUAUCUAGUCAUUUUCAGGGUCAGAUUUUGCAUGCAA